CCUGUUUAUGAUACAUCAACAAAAUGUACAAAUUACAAAACAUGUAUAUAUAUAUAUAUAUAUAUAAACAAUAAAAUACUAUAACAAGAAGCGGAGAGCGAAGGGAAACACUUUCUGCUUCUGCUCAAUCUCCUACUACAUUAGUGGUAUUUCCCCGUUUCUCUUUCUCUUUCCUCUAUCUCUGUCUCUCUUCUCCCUUUAUAUCCUGUAGUAACAACUCAAUAAUCAAGAAGAUCAGAUCCAAGAAGAGGAUUACCCGUCUAUCAAAAUAUCCACUGAUCAGUCACUCCAUCAAUCAAAUCAAGAAUCAAAAUCCCAAAAGAAUCAAAAAGAUGUCCUCCUCAUCAGCUGCUUUUUCACCGGACCACCUCUCUCCCUCCGACCAGCUCUGUUACGUCCAUUGCAACUUUUGUGACACUGUCCUCGCGGUGAGCGUGCCUUGCUCUAGCUUGUUCAAGACUGUCACGGUUCGAUGCGGCCACUGCACCAACCUUUUGACCGUGAACAUGCGUAGCCUGCUUCUUCCUUCGGCUAACCAGCUGCACCUUGGUCAUGCUUUCUUCAAUCCGCAGAACAUCCUGGAGGAGAUCAGGAGCGCGGCACCACAGAAUAUGCUGAUAAAUCAACCCAAUCCUAAUGAGCCAUUUAUCCCAGUGAGAGGAGGAAUGGAGGAGCUCCCUAAGCAACCCGCGGUUAACAGACCUCCGGAGAAGAGACAGAGAGUCCCAUCAGCCUACAACCGCUUUAUCAAGGACGAGAUCCAACGCAUCAAAGCUGGAAAUCCUGAUAUAAGCCACAGAGAGGCCUUUAGUGCAGCUGCAAAAAAUUGGGCCCACUUCCCACACAUCCAAUUCGGACUCAUGCCUGAUCAACCCGUGAAGAAAACCAAUGUGCGCCAACAGGAAGGAGAUGAAGUUCUCAUGAAAGAUGGGCUUUUUGCUCCUUCCAAUCUGGGUGUUGCACCCUACUAAUAAGCACAACUAUUAGGGCUUCUUUUGCACCUCUCUUUGUCUUCUCUUCUCUUCUCUUCUCUUCUCUUCAACUGUUAAUUAUUAGGCGACUUGUUUUAAGCUUUCUUCCCAGGAGACUACUAAAGACCAUGGGUAAUUAUUGGUUGGAUUGUGUUAGUAAUGGUGUUUCGGAGAGGAUUUUUCAAGUUUCAUUAACUGAUAUUCUCUCUUUAACUGUAAGAAAAUGAAGUUCUCUAAUGUGGGCACUUUGGAAUUUUUAGAA